AUGAUCAUCACCAAGGAGAACCGCCGCACCAUCUACGAGGCCCUGUUCAAGGAGGGUGUCCUUGUCGCCCCCAAGGACUUCAACCGUCCCGCGCACCCCGACAUGCCCACCGUGCGCAACCUCGAGGUCGUCAAGGCCAUGCAGUCGCUCACCUCGCGCGGCUUCGUCAAGACCCAGUUCAGCUGGCAAUGGUACUACUACACCCUCACCGACGAGGGUCUCGCCUACCUCCGCGAGUACCUCCACCUCCCCUCGGAGAUUGUGCCCCAGACCCACCUCAAGCCCGCCCGCCCCGCGACUCGCCCGGCUGGUGGUGCUGGUGCUCGCACUGGCGGUGGCGACGGUGCGUACCGUGCCCCCCGUGGCGACAGGGAGUACAGGCGCAGGGACGACGCUGGUGCUGAGGGCAAGGAGGGUGCCGGUGCCGAGUACAGGCCGCGGUUCGGCGGUGUCGGCCGUGGUGCUGGCGCUCCCCCCGCUUCGUAA